GCACAGGGAACAGUGCUAAAUUGGUUAACAAAGGUCUACCGAUACUAAACGGAGCUUUUCACCGGGGCCUUAUUGCCUGUACUCAAUGUUCCUCAAAUCAGUGAUCAAGUACAUUACGGCGCCUAUUUUCCAAGUCUUUCAGCGUUUCCUUGACGCGGGAUGUCUACCGCUUCCUUGCAAUACAGGGCUUAUGAAGCCUAUCUACAAAGAACGGAAUUUUCAGGGCUCCAGCAGUUUGCGAAGUCAUAAAACAUAUUUUCAAACGAGCCUUGCAGUUUCAUCUUAAGAAGCUGAACACAUCAUCCUCCGCUCACGUUCGUGUAUCUCCAACCUACUUAUAACCAGGUAAAAUGGGCAUGCUCGUUAAUAGUUGGAAACCGUUUGGACGUCAUCAUUUUUGAUUACAGUACAACAUUCGGCAAACUUCCCCCGGGAUACUUUCUUGGAUUACUAACUUUCUGAUCGGGUGCAACGUGCAAGUGCAGGAAUCAUUCCAUCGACAUGCACAUAUUUUACCUACCAGUGUUCACUAUUGCAGUUCUACUUUUGGCCGAGUUUGCUCUAUGUCUUCCCGCAGUUCCAGACGCAGCUGCUGCCGAUCAGCCUGCACCUCCGGCAAAAGUCCAAGAUGCUCAAGAACCUCCAAAGAAUGUUGAAGCCGUCGAGAAAAAGGAAGUUGAUUCCGCCGUUGAUGCGCCAGUUCCUCAUCCAGAUGCACAGCCUAAAGACUUCCCUCCUCCUGUGGGCGCUGGAUUACCAGAGAAGGGCGCCUUAGUGAAUGCACAAGUGGACCAGCCGGAGCUUCACAAGGACCAGCAGCCAGCGGAACAACCUGCGCCCAAUGUUGCCGACGCCAAAGAAGGGGGUGAAGGCAUGAAAGUCCGAUUUGAAGAUGCAGACCGGGAGCAGCAUCAUGACGGUGACAAAGAGAUGAUUGCAAAUGGGCGUCCAGUUGUUGGAGAUCAGAAACAACAGAAUUUGGUAGAUCAAGAGGAGGUGGAACUACCAGAGAAAAGUAUGCAAGACGCUUGGAAGAAGCAAGAUCAACUGGCACACGACGACUCUAUAAAGGCUGUGGAUAUAGACCUUGCGGACGCAAUGCAUGCGAAUGACCAGCUUCUGGUGCAGAAUUGGCAGAAACCGGAAUUACCAGGCAACAACCCAAUAGCCGACACAAGAACGCGGAACUUGAGCAGUUGGUCUAUGGAAUACGUGAUCAUGGCCUUGUGCUUGAUGAUAAUUGCUGUCCUGCUCGCUUGGCGACAUUUCUGGUACACAGUUUGCACCAGUUGUGGAUCUAAAACCUAUGCCAGCAGUGGGACAACAGAGCAUUACAAGGUGGCGUACAAGCCACUGUGAUAUGUAUGACUCGAGGGUAGCUCCGUCCACGUCUUGCGCCAUUUUUGGUUUCACCUUGUUCCGCCUUACACUUUGUUUUGUUUUUGCAUUGUCUUAAACUUUAUGCUGUACCAUAUGUGAACCCCAGUGCCGAACCACUCCUUUCAAUGUAUCCCUCACACGGCGUGUCCUUGGUUGGAUCCAUUGAUUUUCACACUAUCUCGACGGUACAGCAAAGCGCAAGUUUACAUGUGCUCCGGAGCAUAACGGCCGCUACCAAAAUCUCACAUUGUUUCACCAAACACCUCAUGACAUGUUUGAAAGUGCACAUUUUCACGUUAUCGAAUAUAUGCUUUUUUUUACUCCUUUCC